AUGCAUAAUAAAAAGAAAUGACUUUUUACUAAUAAUUCUCAUAAUUUGAUUCAAAUAUGUAAGAUUUUAUGCAGGUCAAAUGGAAAAGACUCUCAAUUCGAAUCGCCCGGGAGGUCUCGCUCAAUAGGCCACUAUAUACUUGGGAAAACUAUAGGUCAAGGCACAUUUGGAAAAGUUAAAAUUGGCACUCAUAUCUUAACGGGAGAAAAAGUGGCAAUUAAAAUUCUUGAAAAAGCAAAAAUUUCAGAUAAAAAUGAUGUGGAGAGGGUUGCUAGAGAAAUUCAUAUAUUAAAGCUGCUAAGACAUCCUAAUAUUGUGCAACUUUAUGAAAUUAUUGAAACUCCGAAACUUUUUAUAUCGAGAAUAAAUAAUUUGCACUGUUGUUCAAAAAAUAAAAUAGAAAUUAAUUCCUUUUAUAUAUUAUUUUUAAUUUAUUUUACCACAAUAUAUAUAAAUCUUUAUAAUAAAUGAGGUUAGUGUUAUAUUAUACCAAUAUAUUAUUAUAAAUUAAAUAAAAAUUAAUUUUGAGCAUUAUUGAGCCAUUUUCCCUGAUAAUGCAUAUCUGAUCAUGGAAUUUGCAAGCGGCGGAGAGCUUUUCGAUUUCAUAGUUGCACACAAUAGGGUCGAAGAAUAUGAAGCUUGUGUUAUUUUUCAACAAAUCCUAGCUGGAGUUGAGUAUCUUCAUAAAAUAAAUAUCGUUCAUCGCGAUUUAAAGCCAGAGAACUUACUUCUUGAUAAAAAAAAUCAAAUAAAACUAGCCGAUUUUGGGCUAUCAAAUACUUACAAGCCUGGACAGCUAUUAAAAACAGCUUGUGGAAGCCCCUGCUAUGCUGCCCCAGAAAUGAUAGCUGGGAAACGAUAUAAAGGCUCUCAAGUAGACAUAUGGAGCUGCGGGGUAAUUUUAUAUACGUUAGUAUGCGGUUAUUUGCCUUUUGAUGAUAAAAAUACGACUCAGCUCUAUAAAAAAAUUUUGGGCGGAGACUACAAAUGCCCAAAUUUUAUUUCUGAACCUGUGAAAGAUCUGAUUGGGAAAAUUUUAAACGUUGACCCUGAAAACCGUUAUAAUAUUGAUCAGGUAAAACAGCAUCCUUGAUAUAGAAUGGCUCGACAAGAAAUUCCUAUUGGAAUUAUUAUUGGGUUUGAUAGAAUUUUAAUAGAUGAUGAAAUGCUAUAAUGUAUUUAGUUGAAUAGCAUGCUAAAUCUAAACUCUCCCCCUCCAUAAUUAUCAUAAACAUUUUUCGCUCACAUGGGGGUUAAUUUUUUUAAAAAAAUUUAUACUUAAUUUUUUUUUUAAAUUCGUAAAAUUUCAGAAAUAUUAAUUUAAUUUGCAAUUUUUUUUUUUUUAAAAUGCUGUUUAAAAUUAAACAGAAUUAGCGAUAGAUUUCAUUAUACUUAUUAUCAAAUUUUUUUCAUAAAAUAUUUUUUUCAGUUACGGAGGUGGGUUUUGCCCAAAAAUAGGGAUUUUUUCCAAUGGUUUUGUUUGCUCAUAGAGGUGGAGUGAGGUAUUUUUUUAAUAUCUAUUAUAUAAGAAAUAGCCUAAAAUUUAAUCUUUCAGGUUAUAUACCCUGCUUAAGUGAAUUUUUAAUUCGUGCUAAUUAUUAAAUACCUUAUUAAUAAGUAAAAAAAGCUUUAAAAUUAUUUUUUUAUAUAAAAGUAAGGCAAGUCUAAUUAAAAAUAUCAUAGAAAGUCUUAAUCAAUUUGGCUUCAACAUAAGCCAAGCCAGAAAAUACAUUGAAAGUAACAAGCAUAAUAACUUGACAACCACUUACUAUUUAUUGCUAAAUAAGCAUGGGGAAGGAAGAAUCAAGCCUCUCCAGCCUAAAAUUCCUAUCCCAAGAAUCUCUAUCGAAAAAGUUCCUGGAAACAUUACAGAGCGUUCCAGAACGCCAAAUAGCGAUCGAAACUCAAUUGAACUAAAACGUCCAAAUACAACAAGACCCUCUAUAGGCGCCCACAAUAGAAAAGUUUCUCAAAUCACAGAAACCCGUAAAGUGACAACACCAAAAGAAACUUUCAAAUCAGUUUCCCCUACUUCACAUAGGCCAAAUGCAUCACCAAAGCCAUCAAUUUACAGCAGACUCCAAAAUAAAGAAAAUCCUCCAAAAAUAAGGCCAGUCAUAAAAGUCCAUAAAGGUCCUUUUAAUGUCAGCUGCACAAGUGUAAAAUCUUAUGAUGACAUUGUAAAAAUUGUUGGCAAUGCGCUAGAAAUAAAUGAUGUAGCCUUUAAACAAGGAAAUUUAGGGAAUUUUGAGUGUGAAAAGAGCAAGGUUAAGUUUGGGGUUGAAAUUAAUAGUGUUGAAGGAUAUAAUGAGUUUUUAUAUAUUUGCCAGCAUUUAUAUGAUGAAUUUAUUUAUUUUUAUUUAAUAAAAAUAAUAAGGAAUGUAUGGUAAAUCAGCAUAUUCAAAACUAUUAAUUGUGAAAUUUGUGAAAAUUAAUAAUGGGGUGGGUUAUGAGAGUGUAUGUGAAGAAAUUUUGAGCUCAAUGAAUUUGUAG